AUGGCUUCGUCGCAAGCAAGCGACUACGCCAAUAAGCACGACUCGGGUGUCGUUGCUGAGCCCCUCGCCGACUCCUCGCGCCAGACCUCGUCCAACAGCACCACCGUCGACGUCGACGAGUAUGGUCACCUCACACUAUGGCAGGCCAUUAGGAAGUGGAAUCGUGUCUUUUGGUACUCGCUCGCCAUCUCAUCAACCAUUCUCAUGUUUGGCUAUGAUUUCGUCAUUGUCGGCAACUCGUCCUCCAUGCCUGCUUUCCAGCACGAUUUUGGCGAGUACUAUCAAGGCCAGUGGAUUAUACCCUCGCUCUGGCUUGGUCUAUGGACAUUCAUCUCCCCCGGCGGCAUGAUGAUUGGAUCCCUUUUUGUUGGCUACUUUCAGGACUGGUACGGUCGCAAAGCCUCGUUUUUCGUCUCUUCCUUCCUCGCCGCCAUCGCCACGGCCAUCUGCUUCUGCUCCCAGUACCCCGACGAGAUUCUCCAGCGCCGCGGUACCUUUCUCGGCGGCAAGGGCUUUCAAGGUCUCGCUCUCGGUAUGAUGAUGACCACUUGCCAGACCUAUCUCUCCGAGAUUGCCCCUCCCAAGCUUCGUGGCCCGCUCCUCGCCUUUUUCCCCAUCUUCACCCUCGUUGGCCAGCUGAUCGGCGCCCUCGUCAUUUACGGUCUUGUUUCGUCUCCCAACGGCUACGCUAUUGCCUUCGCCACCCAAUGGAUCUUUGCCGUCAUCGCCUUUGUCGUCUCCUUCAUCAUUCCCGAGAGUCCCAUUUAUCUGAUCCGCAAGGGCCAGAUCGAAAAGGCUCGCAAGGCUCAGCACAGAUUAGCGGGCCACGAUACCGAUCCCGACCGCAUCCUUUCCAUCAUGGAGCGCGACAUUGAGCACGAAAACCGCCAGUCCCCUGCAACCCUGACCGCUUGCUUCUCCAAGAUUCAGCUGCGCCGAACCAUGGUUGUCCUCUUCACCAGCGUUCUUCCGCAGAUGUUCGGCCUGACCCUCCUCUCGCAAGCCAGCUACUUUGGCCAGGUUGUAGGCAUCGAAGCCAAGGUCAGCUUGGUCCUCUUGAUCGCCGGUGUCCUGACCGGCUGCAUUGCAAAUAUCAUCAGCAUGUGGUCCAUUGGCCGCUUCGGCCACCGCUCUCUUUCCCUCGUUGGCCUCACCGUCUGCGGCUUCCUCUGGCUCAGCAUGGGAAUCGCCGGCAGCAUCGCCCGCAACAUUACUGUCGCAUGGUAUUGCUCUGCCAUUCUGAUUCUCGUCACCGCCAGCUCAGGUCUGACCGUCUGGCCCGCCUCAUACGCCGUUGGCUCCGAAGUCUCCACCCUGCACCUGCGUGCCAAAGCCCAGGGUGCUGGCUGGCUGUUUUCCAGCGCUUUUAGUGCUGGUUUCGGCCUCGGCCUGCCCUACAUAUACAACCCGGAUGCCGGUAACUUGCGCGCCAUGGUUGGCUACAUUUUUGCCGCAUUCUGCUUCUUCAGUCUAAUUAUUACCUGGCUCUACGUGCCUGAGAUGAAGGGUCGCACCCCGUCUGAGAUUGACCGCAUGUUUGACCUCAAACUCAGGACCCGAGAAUUUAAACAUUGGCGUGCCGACGGUGCCCUUGAGAGCGCAAAGUACUACAGAUCGAGAUCUGUAUGGAUUUGA